GGGGAAGUACUAUCGAUGGAUAACGCCCGUGCAUCAAGUUCCCCGCCCCAAACCUAGACAAACUCCCAACCAACUUCCUCAAACCAACUUCUUCAAACAAACUUCUUCAACCCAACUUCUUCAAACCACUUCUUCAAACCAACUUCAUCAAACCACGAAAAAGAACAUCGAACCAACACGACUUUUCUUUGACCAUCAAAAUGUCUGACACGCAUGACGCAUCUGUAUCCGACGUAAUCAAGCGAAGGCCUGUUGCGCUCGAGGCCUGUUUUUGGCUAGUAGCCAUCAUAGGGAGCCUGCGGGUCACGAGUGCAAUUGCGGACGUCAAACCAGAUGACCCAGAUGAUAGAACUGAUACAGUAAAUGAGCUAAUUACCAUUUCUCUAGGUAUCACGAUCUAGGGAGUCGUGAUAAACUAUUGUCAAAUGAUCAUCAGGCCAGAGCUGCUACCGCCGGGCGAUGUCGAAGUCCGGGCGCCUAUCCGACGAGUCCCAGCGCUCCAGCGCUGGGCCCGCAAAUUCGUCGACUGGUGUGCCAUUUGGCUGCCGGUUGUUGCAGGUUUGCUCCUGAUCGUCUCAGCCCUGGUCUAUAUGUUUGGUCUCGCUUUGCGUAGCCAUCAUUCUCUGGCCUGGGCAGUUACUGCGAUUGUCGUCAUCGGCGUACUGGUCACUGCCACCCUUCUUUCGAUGCUUCUAGCCGAUUGGAGUGCCUUGCUACUCUACAAGGCUGGGACCAACGAGUCGGAACUGGUAGGGCAACAUGGGCUUCCGGCUGUGGAGCCAGCCGAUCAGUCUGAGGCGCCAGCCAAUCCUCCGUCUCAGGCUCCGGCCAUUCCUCAGUCUGCGGUGCCGGCCAAUGACCAGCAACUGGUGGGAGGUGAUGACCACCCCCCGCAGGAUGGCAUGGAGCUGCAAGACUACCCUCAGACCCUCUCGCAGCCUCAAAACGAGCAAGUCGUGCAAGCCCAGCAAGUCCCACAAGAUGAGCUAGGCGAGUUUAGCUACUUGUCUCUCAUUCUUUGACGUCAGUCGUAAGGCGGGCAGUUCUUUGUAGCUGACCUAGCCGUUGUCC